AUGCGCGUCCCCGACAGCCUGGCCUUUGGCCUCCUCUACGCCGGCAUUGCCUCGGCCCAGACAAAGUAUGCCGACAACCAGGUUCCUGUGACGCGGGACAGUGACCUCGUCUCCAAGCUCUUCCCCGACGUCGACGUCGAGCUCCUGUCGCCCGCCUUCACGAAUCCGGAGGCUGUCCCUGCGGGGUGGAGCAACGGCACAUCCGGACCUACCACCCAGGACACGCUGGACUCUUUCCUCAGCGGCCUUGCCGACAAACACGGCUGGCUGACCUAUCAUCAACCCCCCUUCACGUCCGAGGAUGGCCGCACCAUUCCCUACGUCAACCUCUCACUAUCCUCCCCCUCCGUCGCUGCUGCCGCUGCCCCCGCCGACAAGCUCCGCAUCUGGAUCCAGGGCGGCGUCCACGGCAACGAGCCCGCCGGCGACGAGGCCGUACUCGCCCUCCUCGGCAAGUUCGCCGCCAACGAGACCUGGACCCUCUCCGUGCUGUCCAAGGCCGACAUCCUCGUCCUCCCGCGCUACAACCCGGACGGCGUCGCCUAUUUCCAGCGCGAGCUCGCCUCCAACUACGACCCCAACCGCGACCACGCCCUCCUCCAGCGCCGUCAGACGCGCGACGUCAAGCGCCUGCUCUCGGCCUACGACCCACACGUCUUCCUCGACGCCCAUGAGUACACCGCCAGCCAGCAGCUCGGCGCCUCGCGCCAGUGGCUCAAGGCCCAGGACGUUCAGGUCUCCCACGUCAAGAACCCCAAUAUCCACUCGGCCAUCCGCACCCUCGGCGAGGGCCUCUUCCUCACGGCCAUCCAGGACCGCGUGCGCCGCCACGGCCUCCGCACAAGCGCCUACUUCACCGCUGACGGUGGUACCGACCUCCCUGUGCUCACGGAACCCAGCUCUGUGAGCCGCGCCGGCCACAACUCGGCCGGCCUGCUGCAGGCUGUCUCCUUCCUCACCGAGACCCGCGGCAUCCGCCUCGCCGAUCAACACUUCCAGCGGCGCGUCGCGGCAGGCUCUCUCGCCAUCGAGGCGCUCGUCCAGACGGCUGUCGACAACGCUGAAGAGGUCCUGUCGACCAUCGAGACCGCCCGUCGGGAGUUCGUCGAGGGCACCGGCGACAUCGUCGUCGUGGACCGCGCGCGCGUGACGGACGCGACGUGGGACUUUGUCGACGUCCGCAGCGGCACAGUCGUCAGCGUGCCCGUGCAGUUCCGCAACAGCACGCCCACGCAGAUCGACCUCACGCGCGCGCGGCCCGAGGCCUACGUCUUCCCGCGCGCGUGGGCCGACGUCGCCGAGAAGCUUGAGAUCCUCGGCGUCGAGGUCGAGACCCUCUCCGAGGAUUUCGUGGCCGAGGCUGAGGUGCUCACCGUGGAGACCCUCACGCUCGCGGAAAGCAAGUACGAGGGCGUCGUGGAGGCCACCGUCACGACCUCGACCAGCCGGAGGGUCGUGCGGGUGCCCAGGGGCGGGUUCCGCGUCAGCACGCGACAAAAGAACGCCGCGUUCGCGUUCGUGACGCUUGAGCCUGAGAACAACGCCAGCUUCGCGCGGUACAACUUGAUCGACGUAUCCGUCGGGGACGAGUACCCCGUCUUCAGGGUCCUCGGCGCGCAAUAG